AUGAACCCUUCUACCGCAGAUGCCCUCCAUCAUUCCCUGGCCUGCGGGGACUCUGAGUGUCUUCGACGCUCGAAGACACCCGGAAGCUCCUCUGAUAUAGGGCUCUGCGCCUCUGAAUGCCCCAAACGUUCGAGUACCCCUAGGCUUUCUACUAAUAGCUGGAAGAAGAAACUAUUAGCACAGCCCCAGUUCAUGGGCAGUCAGAGAAACCCAGUCCCAGCUCCUGCAAAAGCAAUCGUUGGGGCAAGCGAAGCAAAGGUAGUGGCACCAGACUGUUGCAAGCCAGCCGCAGAGCAUAGAGAAAAGGUAGAAUACGUGGCAAAAGCGCAUAGAGGUAGAUCGAGAAGCUAUGAAUAUACUAGAUCUUCAGGUAAUGCGGUUGGGGCGGUGGCGCAGGGGAAAGCGUCCAAGUGCUCCGUAUCGUUAUCUAUUAGUAUGCCCGUUAGUGGUGCUCCCCUUGGAGUCCAGACACCCUGCAAAGAUUCAAGAAUACCAAAUGCCCCCAGCCAAGAAGAAGCCCACAGCUUUCUCGGGGGUCGUUGCGCCAGAGCUGUUGAGAACCCGUCAGCAACUAGUAGGACCAGUAGGCACGAUCCCCAAGAUAGCGGUCCCUACAGCCGGGCAAAAUUUCCUUAUGCUUUUUCGGUGUCCAGUAGAGCUGUGGAACUGUCAACAUCGAGCCACAAAGACACUCUACCUCGAAACGUAUCGCAAGAUGACACCAAAAUAACAACUUUCGUGGAGGCUUCACAAGAAACAGCCCUACAAAAACCCUCCGAGAGUUCCUGGCCCGCUAAUGUUCCUCCAGAGAUAUUGGUUGCUAAUGGGACCAAAGAAAGACUAGAAAACGGGGAAGCAUGUACACAAGAGCGUAAGCUUGAAGGGAGCCUAAGGAGUGAAGCGCUCAUGCAACAAGGGCAGCUUACUUUAGCGACUAGCUCAUCCGAAGUGCUGCAGUUGCACCAGCAACAGCACCAGAAGCAUGAACAGCAAGAGGUACAGAUACAGCAUCAAAUAAAGUUACUAAAGCAGCUGACACUGCAGCAGCCGCUACUGCACAGCGACGUGAAGCAGCAACAGCUCCUGAAACAACUUAAGCAUCAGAUCAUGCAUUACCGCCAACAGCAGAAGCAGCAGCAGCAUCUGCUGCAGCAACAAGAACAAAUAGAGCAGCAACUGCACCAACAGAUCACCCUGCUGCAGCUCGAAAAACAGCUGCUGGAGGACAAACAACAAGUGCUGCUGGCUCUUCAAAAGCAGCAGCAGUCGUUGCACCUCUACAUGGGCUCUUUAGAAAGAACAGCCACAGGACUAAACGUUGGGUCCACAACUGAGACUGGCCAGUGUGUUCUUGAAAAAAAUGAUUCAUGUGGGCCUUCUGGAUCGGCCAGGCGGGUAAGAAAAAACCCAGGGUCUCCUCAACCCUCUAAGUUUCCUGUAGCUUACUCUGGGGAAGCACUGCAGAGGCAUCCAGGUAAAUACUUUAAGAGUCCAUCCUCGAAGAUCCCCGUGGUUUGCAAGAAAGGUACAAGGGGUCACAACACACAGAAACGGCUCAAUAUAAAGACGAUGUCGAGCGGAGUCGCCCUGGAGAAAGUGGACCCAAGGGUGACCCCGGAACUUCAGACGUCCAGCUGCCCACCCCGGCUCAUACCAAAAGGGUCACCGCGGCCAGCAAAGAGCACCCUCAGAAGCACCCCGAACGGCUGUUCAGCUGUUGGCACUCCUAUAUCCAUAGUAGACGAUUGCUGCAUGCCCCCCAGUAGGUCACUUGUCUUCCCAGUCGAGGGUUGCCGGCGAGCGCCAACCAAGGCAACACGCAGGCAGUCCGACAGUUUACACAUACUUCUGAAGCCUCGUGGAUCUUCUGGGAAUUCAAAGAGAGUCUCUAACCCUAUUUCAGUCUCGGUUGAUGUUCGUCUUGGGGUUCGGCAGCUGAGUAGGCACGGAAGAAGCCUGGAAUACACCACCUGGCAGCGUUUCCUGCUGGGGUCGUCCACGACAGACAGGAGCCCCCCACUCAGGGCGCCUCUGGGGGCUGUGCAAGACUUUAAAAAGCAUGGAACAACAGCAGAGUCACAAGUUCAGUACAUUGCAACCUCUAGCCACGGAACAGGCGCGCAGACUGAGAGGGUCCUUUGGGAAGUGGUGAAAACCGGCAAAGAGGUGAAUCCAAAGGGGAGCCCCCAAAGCAAGGGCGGCCAAAGCGAAGUAAUCCGGCUCGAGCUACCAGUGGUAGGGGGAGCGAAGCUGGGUAGCUUGUGUUUACUCGGAGAGGUGCGACAAAGAACUCACAGCUUCUGCGGAGCACCAGAAGAGGAACCUUGCGGGCAAGACUGUGCACCAGCACAUAACCAGCAACAACCAAAGCUGCAACAAGAUGAGUUGCUAGCCUUACAGCAUGAGGAAAAAGAAACACAUGACCAGAAUUAUCCCCAGGUAGUCACAGACAAAAAAGUGGAUGGAAUUCCGUUGAACGAAUCAUUGUAUGGGGAUUUCUUUUGUGGCGUUCCCUUGAAGAGUCCCCGUGGGAGCGACUGGCCCUCGGAGGCACAUAGCAUUGAGAGUUUCGGCAGCAUCUACGGCCCCCCUCCUCUGACCUGUCCUUUUUGA